GCCCAGAUCUCACCCAGAUCAGUUCUAGUCGCUGCUGCUAGUACCCGUCCUCGGCUCUUGCGUGUCCGUCCGUUACGACUCAGAGGACGGAGAGAAAGUCUAAGUCACCUUCCUCAGUAUCCAGGCCGGAAGGAGACUCUCGGCUACUCGCCCUAAACAUGGAGAGCAGCACUGGCUUCCCUGUCUCUGGAUGCCGCAGGGGCGUCCUGUCAGGAGUUGUAGUGGCAAGAUUCCAGUUCUUAUGCGACUUGGUGGAGAAGCAGGAAGUUGCUGUUUAUCGGACAAGGCGGGCUAGGGAGGGAAACAACCCCGCGGAGCCAUAUGGAGAGGGCAGGAGGUGUCCUUAGAUAAUGGUAGGCCUGCGGCGGACGGUGGGGCGGUGUUGAGUCCUGGCCCUUUAAACCCGAGGGGGAGGACCCGGAAGUGGAUGGGCGGGGCGAAGGGCCCUCGUAUAUAAGAGGGCCCCAGCCGCGCGGGGUCUCUAAUCUGCCAUUUUCUGUCCCCGAGUGAGUCUCUGGCGUCCCAAAUUGCCUGUUUUUCUCACAGGCUCUAUUCCGUUCGCUGGUUCGCCACCUCAGGGGAACGAUGGCCACUGAGUCCACAGCUACUGCCGCCGUCGCCGCGGAGCUGGUUUCUGCCAACAAAAUUGAAGAUGUUCCUGCUCCUUCUACAUCUGCAGAUAAAGUGGAGAGUCUGGAUGUGGAUAGUGAAGCUAAGAAACUAUUGGGUUUAGGACAGAAACAUCUGGUGAUGGGGGAUAUUCCAGCAGCUGUCAAUGCAUUCCAGGAAGCAGCUAGUCUUUUAGGUAAGAAGUAUGGAGAGACAGCUAAUGAGUGUGGAGAAGCCUUCUUUUUCUAUGGGAAAUCACUUCUGGAGUUGGCAAGAAUGGAGAAUGGUGUGUUGGGAAACGCCUUGGAAGGUGUGCAUGUGGAAGAGGAAGAAGGAGAAAAAACAGAAGAUGAAUCUCUGGCAGAAAAUAAUGAUAAUAUAGAUGAGGAAGCAAGGGAAGAGUUGAGAGAACAGGUUUAUGACGCCAUGGGAGAAAAAGAAGAAGCCAAAAAAACAGAGGACAAGUCUUUGGCAAAGCCUGAAACUAAUAAAGAACAGGACAGUGAAGUGAAGAAGGGUGGAAGAGAAGAUAUGGAUAUAAGUGAAUCUGCAGAGGAGCCACAGGAAAAAGUUGACUUGACUCUAGAUUGGUUAACUGAAACUUCUGAAGAGGCAAAAGGAGGAACAGCACCAGAAAGACCGAAUGAAGCUGAAGUUACUUCUGGGAAGCCAGAACAGGAAGCACCAGAUGCUGAGGAAGAAAAAUCAGUUUCUGGAACUGAUGUCCAAGAAGAGUGCAGAGGAAAAGGUCAGGAGAAGCAGGGAGAGGUAAUUGUGAGCAUGGAGGAGAAGCCAAAAGAAGUUUCAGAAGAGCAACCUGUGGUGACUGUAGAAAAGCAGGGCACUGCAGUGGAGUUAGAAGCAGAGUCUUUAGACCCAACAGUCAAGCCAGUGGAUGUGGGUGGGGACGAGCCAGAGGAGAAGGUAGUUACCUCUGAACAUGAGGCAGGAAAGGUGGUUCUUGAACAACUGGUAGGUCAAGAAGUGCCACCUGCUGAAGAGUCACCAGAGGUGACAACAGAGGCUGCAGAGGCCUCAGCUGUAGAGGCUGGAUCAGAAGUCUCUGAAAAGCCUGGGCAGGAGGCUACAGUUCUCCCUAAGGAUAGUGCAGUCAAUGGACCGUCAGCUGUAGGAGAUCAGACUCCUAUUGAACCACAGACUUCUAUAGAAAGACUGACAGAAACAAAAGAUGGCUCAGGACUAGAGGAGAAGGUCAGGGCAAAGCUGGUUCCUAGUCAGGAGGAGACUAAGCUGUCUGUAGAAGAGUCUGAGGCAGCUGGAGAUGGGGUUGAUACCAAGGUAGCCCAGGGAGCUACUGAGAAAUCAACUGAAGACAAAGUUCAGAUAGCUGCUAAUGAAGAGACACAAGAGAGAGAAGAACAGAUGAAAGAGGGUGAAGAAACUGAAGGAUCAGAAGAGGAUGAUAAAGAAAAUGAUAAGACUGAAGAAAUGCCAAACGAUUCAGUCCUUGAAAACAAGUCUCUUCAAGAAAAUGAAGAGGAAGAGAUUGGGAACCUAGAGCUUGCCUGGGAUAUGCUGGAUUUAGCAAAGAUCAUUUUUAAAAGGCAAGAAACAAAAGAAGCCCAGCUUUAUGCUGCCCAGGCACAUCUUAAACUCGGAGAAGUUAGUGUUGAAUCUGAAAACUAUGUGCAAGCUGUGGAGGAGUUCCAGUCCUGCCUAAACCUGCAGGAACAGUACCUAGAAGCCCACGACCGUCUCCUUGCAGAGACCCACUACCAGCUGGGCUUGGCUUAUGGGUACAACUCUCAGUAUGAUGAGGCAGUGGCACAGUUCAGCAAAUCUAUUGAAGUUAUUGAGAAGAGAAUGGCUGUACUAAAUGAGCAUGUGAAGGAGGCUGAAGGAUUGUCUGCUGAAUACAAGAAAGAAAUUGAGGAACUAAAGGAACUGCUACCCGAAAUUAGAGAGAAGAUAGAAGAUGCAAAGGAGUCUCAGCAUAGUGGGAAUGUAGCUGAACUGGCUCUGAAAGCUACUCUGGUGGAGAGCUCUACUUCAGGUUUCACUCCUAGUGGAGGAGGCUCUUCAGUCUCCAUGAUUGCCGGUAGAAAGCCAACAGAUGGUGCUUCCUCAUCAAACUGUGUGACUGAUAUUUCCCACCUUGUCAGAAAGAAGAGGAAACCAGAGGAAGAGAGUCCCCGGAAAGAUGAUGCAAAGAAAGCCAAACCAGAGCCGGAGGUGAACGGAGGCAGUGGGGAUGCUGUCCCCAGUGGAAAUGAAGUUUCGGAAAACAUGGAGGAGGAGGCUGAGAAUCGGGCUGAAAGCCGGGCGGCAGUGGAGGCGACAGUGGAGGCUGGAGCUACAGUUGAAAGCACUGCAUGUUAAGAGGCGGCACAGCCCCCCUCCCAAGGGAAAGUGUUUUUGUAUAUAAUGUAUUUUUUCACUUUUGGAGGAUUCUUUUUGUAUAACUUCAAUAAAGAUUGUAAGCAAAGGUUGAGGCUUUGAUGGUUUUUUUUCUUAAUUAUUGGCUGAAUCUGCCUUGGAACACUCCUGGUUUUACAUAGUAGCCAAAGGUUUUGUUCUGGCCUUCUGUACUGAUCUGUGUUCCUGAUCCUAAUUCUUAUCUGUCUAACGUGGAGGUGAUCAAGUGUGGCUGUAGGCCUUUGUUUUCCAAUGGUGCUAUAUUCUGUUUUCAAAUACUUCACUGAAUCCAGCUGUCUUGCAAAACCUUUAGUGGUGCUGUCCCUGGAUGGGGCUACAAAAACAAGACUUGGUGAAGAUCUUGCUCUUCGGUGCUGAAAAUGGAUUAUGGACUUCGGCUGUGAGCCAGGCCUAGAAUGGUACUUGUCCUAUAUCAACCUAGUCUUCAACUGGGGCUAUAAUCCUGUCCUGGAAAAAGAACUCUGAAGAACACCUGGGUCAGGGGAAUGAUUCCUAAGGAAAACGGUCUGCAUCUGAGCUCUGGUUUGAAGGUAGCCAAGGGACUGAUGGUGGAUACUCCAGAUGUGGUUGGAAGCAUAUGUGGGGAGGCUGGCUGGUUGAGUUUUGUUAUUUUCUGUAUAGAAAGGUUGAGAUAUAUCAACACUUGGAAUUGUUACCCAUCAACUGAAUUGACUUCUCAAAUAAAGAUGCUAAAAAUCU